AUGGAUGCUAAUUCUUCACUAAACGUUCUGCCCGAAACCGAUUUUGGCCCUUCGGCCUCGGGAAGAUUUGAUUUUACUGUCUUGUUUGAGAAUGUUAUGCUAUCGAUUGUCCCAUCUGUUUUAUUCUUUGUUCUUGCCCCACAGAGACUGUUAUGGCUGAAAAGGGAGCCGAGAAAGAUUGUUGAGAAUUCACGUCUUCUCAUCAAACUGGGGUUGAUCACCAUCUAUACCGGAUUGCAACUUGUGGUGCUGACGUACUGGACCGUGGGGCCUCUGCCUACAUCUCAACCACAAAUUGCUGCAGCGGCUCUUGUAUUUGCGAACGGACUGUUGCUGGCCUUACUGUCUUAUGUCGAGCAUACACGCUCUGUGAGACCUUCGACAAUCAUCAACGUCUAUCUCUUUUUCACAUCUCUUUUCGACUGCGCUAUAGCCAGAACGCUAUGGCUUCUCGAUGGAGCGCAUGCAGUUGCGAGGCUGUUCACGGCAGCAACCAGCGCCAAGGCUCUCAUUCUUGUUUCUGAAGCAUGGGAAAAGAGGUCCAUAUUGAGAGUCCAGUACCGCGAUCUAUCACCCGAGACGACGAGCGGUAUACUGGGCCGCAGUGUCUUUUGGUGGAUCAACCCUCUGAUGAAAUUAGGAUUCUCCAACUUUUUGACUGAGCAUGAUCUGUAUGCCAUUGAAAACAGUCUGUUGGGAAAGAGAUUGUUCGCGCAGGUGGAGAGAUCAUGGCGUGCGGCAGUCAGGGGUAGCCUGAUCAGCCUGAUUUAUGACAAGACCCUCGAUCUCAGCAUUACGGCUUUUGACGAAUCAAUUGCUGUAACACUGAUGUCUGCCGACACCGAAAACAUCUGCAUGAACUUCGCAAGCAUACAUGAGAUGUGGGCCUCACCUAUUGAGUGCGGAGUGGCUUUAUAUCUCCUAUACAGACAGCUGGGCAUGGCAUUUCUGGCACCUAUGGUUGUGGCAAUAGUCUCGACCACUGGCAUCUUGAUGAUAGCUAAGUAUAUCGCAAACGCACAGAAGCGGUGGGUUCGUGGUAUUCAGACGCGCAUUGAUGUUACUGCCUCGAUGCUAGGCUCAAUGAAAGAGGUGAAAAUGCUCGGGCUCACGGAUGUUCUCAAUAACCUGGUCCAAAGUUUACGUGUCAGAGAAUUGGACCUGUCCAAGAAGUUCCGUAAACUGAUGUGCUGGCGAGUCCUUUUCCAAAAUAGCAUGGAAGCCAUAGCCCCACUCGCUACGUUCGCAACUUAUGUCGUGAUAUCGCAAGAGACAGGCAACCCCUUGAGUACGGCUUCGGCAUAUACUUCGCUUUCGCUUAUCUAUCUUUUGUCGAACCCUAUGUCCACACUCAUACGAACAAUUCCUGGAAUGAAGGCAUCGCUGGCAUGCUUUGAUCGGAUGCAGGGCUUUCUGCUAUCUGAUAGCUGUAAGGAUCACCGCUUACCUCUCAGUGUCCGCGAUAGCAGAGCCCAACAAGAAAUCCGGAAUUUCGGGCCGCGUGCUUUUUCUCAGGACAGAGCCUCGAUUGAGCUACUCGAUCGCUCCAACGAACCAUCAGUGGUAAUUGGCCAGCCUCUCAUGAUCGUCUCAGACGCCAGCUUCGGAUGGUCAAAGACUGAAGCACCAGUUCUCAGCAACAUAUCCUUUCCCAUCCGUAAAUCCCACUUCACAUUUGUGAUUGGGAGUGUAGGAUCUGGUAAAAGCACUCUCAUGAAGGCCUUGCUGGGCGAGUUACAACCGUAUAAGGGAUUUGUCUACACUGACGCUCGACGCAUCGCAUUUGUUGACCAGAAGCCAUGGAUUCAGAACUUGACAAUUCGACAGAACAUCCUUGGUAUAUCCACGUAUCACAAAGAUUGGUAUGAUAGAGUUGUUCAUGCAUGUGGACUUGAGCAGGACAUUGCUGAGAUGCCUGACAAGGACGCCACGAAAGCGGGCAGCGGCGGUGUUUCUCUCAGCGGUGGCCAGAACCAGAGACUUGCACUUGCAAGGGCCAUUCACUCAAAGGCGGGAGUGCUUAUUCUCGACGAUGUCUUUUCGGGACAAGAUGCUUCGACAGAGGAGCAUAUUUACCGGAUGCUCUUCUCAGAAACAGGGUUGCUAAAAGAGCUUGGCACGACUGUUGUCUGUGUAACCAACGCCAUUCAUCGGCUUGCAUACGCAGACCACGUUGUUGCUCUGAGCGAACAUGGCACAGUCCAGCAUCAAGGGACAUUUGAGCAACUCAAGAACGACACUGAUUACUUCAGUGGUUUGCAUCUUGGGCAGAACGGGGCUGCCAAGGAGGACGGCGAGUCCUCGACAGCCAAUAAAGAAUCAACUUCGGCACCUCAAGGACCAGAAGAAGAGACUGAGUCUGCUAACCGAGCACUGGGAGAACUUGCUACCUAUGGUUACUAUUUCAAUACGGUACCCAAGUGGCAUGUCCUGUUGCUCGUGGCGCUCACAGUCUUAUUCGGCGCCGCCCACAAGAUGACUGAGCUAUUGCUAAGUUUCUGGACUGGUCAUUCUGUUAUCACUCAACAAAGCGUCAACAACUUCUACCUUGGACUCUACUCGAUGCUAGCUGGACUUGCGAUAAUUGGCAUUAUGGGUGCGGCUGUGCAUUACCUUGUUAUCAUGGUGCCUUUGAGCAGCGAAGUCCUGCAUGCCCGACUACUUCGAACAGUGAUGAAUGCUCCGUUGUCAUUCUUCUCAAGGAUGGAUGUUGGCGUUACAACAAACCGUUUCAGCCGCGAUAUGUCUGUCAUAGACACAGAGCUUCCGUUUGCAUUGAUUGACCUGGCCAUCGAUACCAGCGUCACCAUCAUGGCUGUUAUACUGAUGUGUGUGUUCUCUGGAUACUUUGUGGCGACGCUGCCCCCUCUGGCUUUCUUCUGCUGGCUUCCGCUAGUGCUUCAGAGAUUUUACCUUCGGACUUCUCGCCAGAUCCGAAUCCUUGAGCUACAAGCAAACUCACCCCUGUUCACACAAUUCCUUGACACCCUUCAAGGAUUGUCCAGCGUUAGAUCCUUCGGCUGGGUCAAGCAGUUCAAGGAACAACACUUUCAGUUCCUCGACGCAUCUCAGCGUCCAUAUUAUCUCCUCUUCAGUAUUCAGCGCUGGCUAGCUGUUAUCCUUGAUCUUGCAGUUGCAGCGCUGGCUACAAUCUUGAUGGUUCUCAUCGUCAAGCUUCGAGACAACUUCGAGCCGAAGUUUGUGGCAAUGGCCCUCCUCAAUGUGACAUCCUUUUCGCAAUAUCUCACACAACUCAUCAAGAACUAUACGCAAUUAGAGACCUCACUGGGUGCUGUUAGCCGUACUAAGGAGUUCUGCUCCACAACUGACAGCGAGAAUCUUCCAGGUGAGGUGGUUACUCCACCCGAGAGCUGGCCUUCUCAUGGCCACGUGCAGAUCGAAAACUUGACGGCUGCAUACACCACUUCGGGUGAGCCAGUACUGCACGAAGUCAGUCUGGACAUCAGUGCAGGAUUCAAGGUCGGCGUCGUUGGCCGGAGUGGGAGUGGCAAAAGCUCCUUGAUGGCCUGUCUUCUCCGGAUGUUGGAGGUUGACUCGAAGUCUAGCAUCAAGUUCGACGGCAUUGACAUCACUACGCUUCCGCGACAAACUGUACGGGCCUCUGUGGCAGUCGUUCCUCAGCAUCCGUUCUUCAUGAAGAAGACUACUGUUCGCGACAAUCUGGUUCCUCGUGGUGAGCAGCCUGAAGAGAGGAUUCUCGCCGUUCUCAAGCGCCUAAGGAUGAAAGACGCUGUAGAGAAGCUCGGAGGCUUGGACAGCAUUCUUGACGUCGAGCGACUAUCACAAGGUCAACGCCAGCUUCUUUGCCUUGCCAGAGCGAUACUCGCUAACAAGAAGAUUAUUUUUCUUGACGAGGCGAGUAGCAACGUCGAUGCCAAGUCGGAGCAAUUGAUCCGACAGGUGGUCCAAGAGGAGUUCGUGGGAUGCACGGUUAUCGCUAUUGCACAUCGACUGGGUGCUGUUGUUGACUUUGAUCGAGUUGCUGUGAUGGGAGGAGGAAGGGUUAUCGAGUGGGACAACCCAAGGGAGCUACUGAAGAAGGAGAGCGAGUUCAAAAGGCUAUGGGAUUUGAGCUCCGGAUAA